UCUGAAAUCCCUGGACCACACCUUGCAUUGCAUCUGCGCUAAACUCCCCAUUGUACCGUCCUAUCUCGACUUCCCUCUGAUCCAUCAUCCCAGUACGAGAGAGUCCCUUCGAUUGAAUCUAGCAAGACGCCUCAUCGCCAGACUAGCGCCAACAGUGACUGCGCACCUCGGUCAAUAGACGCUGUCUAACCUCACAUCGAUUCCUGCUGCUGGUGCUGGUGCUGCCGGCUGCAAGUAUGCAGUUCCUACGGCCGUGCCUGUUCCUCUCAUUCCGCGCCCCACGGCCAGUCUAAAUACAGCUCGACCGCCUCGAAAUCCUGACGACUCUCGUGGUCGAUAGAAUCCUUGCCUACUGUUGCAAAUAUCCCCUGCCGAAUGGUUCGCGGGUGACACAAAAAAAAGAACGUGGAGAUAGAGCGACGAUGGACGGCAUGCAGGGCUUUUAUGCCCAAGGCUACCCGGGCAUAGACCCUCAGCAUUCCAUGGACGGGUACGCGCAGGAUGAUGGUUUGAACACUAUCUCCCCCGAUACCAUGGAUACAACCGGACUUGGCCAGGCACAAACGCUCCACCAGAUCAUCAACCAGAACAACGAGGAGUUGAUGCGCAGGCGCAACACUUUCCAGUCACAAUAUCGUCAAGGUCCGCAUGAUCGAAACCGUCGGGCUUCCAUGCUUGAGUUUGGCUCUCCUAUGAAUGCCGCUGACCUGGCAAGCUUUCAGUUCGACCCCAACCCAAACGAGUCCGACAUGUCAAUGACGAAUUCAAUGUCACACUUGGUUCCCAUGAAUAAAUCUCUUGAGCCGCGAAGAGUUCGUUCCAAGGAAGAUUUGUCCCUCAACACACGUUUCUCCCAGAUGAACACCAGUUUCGAUCCUCUUUCUGCCAUGGACACCUUCAAUCCAUCACUGAUGGCCAGCACAUCGGCGGGAGUCGAGUCCGGUUCAGCGUUCAUGAACAUGCUAGACUUCGACCCCAUGGCUGGACUGACAGAUUCCGGGUCAAUGCAGGAACCCAUCUUCACCGAUUCGCCCAUUGACCAAAACUUCACAAUGCCUUACCAGUCGAAUGGUCAAGAUCCUGGCGCAAGCUCGAUGCGUUCGCAAUUGAAUAACCCGAUGGCCGCAAUGGCGCAAAACAUGUCUACGAUACCCCAAGCGUUUUCCAACACCGCCCCACAAAUGGGAGGCCAUACACCUCAUUCUGCAAUGCAGGUCGGACCAUCUUCAACCAUGGCCUCGCCUAUGCACGUGCCCAGUAGCGCUUCCAGGAGAACUUCUGUUGAAGCCCAGCCCUCGUUUCCAAACAGUGGCAAUAUGACCCCAAACUCGAGGGCUAUGAAUCCGCCAAGUCUACCACACAUGCCACAGGUCUCCGGCCCCCCUGUGCCCCAGCCUACACUAUCCAAGUUUACAAAUGUAUAUUCAUCUAGUGGUUUUGAUAUGCUUGGAGUUUUAAUGCGUGUCGCCACGAGACCACACCCUGAAAUCAAUAUCGGCCCGGUCGAUUUGUCUUGCGCUUUCGUCGUCUGUGACCUUGACAAAUAUGACCUACCCAUCGUUUACUGCUCUGAAAUGUUCGAGCGCCUUACUGGCUAUACGAAACACGAAAUUCUAGGGAGAAAUUGUCGUUUUCUACAAGCACCUGAUGGCAAAGUACAAUCGGGUAUCAAAAGAAAAUAUGUUGACGAUAACUCUGUUCUAUAUCUCAAGAACCAGAUCGCGAAACGAGCCGAGGCUCAGCUUAGCUUGAUCAAUUACCGUAAAGGUGGACAGCCCUUUAUGAACCUCCUGACCAUGAUACCCAUACAGUUCGACUCGGAAGACUACAAAUUCUACGUCGGCUUUCAAGUCGAUCUGGUCGAGCAGCCGGGUUCAGUGUCCAAAAGAAACCCUGACGGGAGCUAUGAAAUCAACUAUAACCGAAGUUCUCUCCCUGCCUAUACACUCCCUGCUCCGCCCGAUUCAGCCCAAGGACUACCCGAGAUGGGCCAAACAGUUUCCAAGGAUGAAGUCUCGACAGUACUUGCUACGUUUGGUCGCGGCGAUUCCGAGCUAUCGAGACGAAUAUGGGACAAAGUACUGCUGGAGAAUACGGAUGAUGUUGUCCAUGUCUUGUCAUUGAAAGGACUUUUUCUCUAUUUAUCACCAGCUAGUCGAAGAGUUCUCGAGUACGACCCCAAUGAAUUGGUGGGCACUGCUCUGUCGGCCGUGUGCCAUCCCAGUGACAUUGUUCCAGUCACUCGAGAGUUGAAGGAUGCCUCUAAUGGAAAUUCUGUCAAUGUGGUCUAUCGAAUUCGACGGAAGUAUAGUGGCUACACCUGGUUCGAAGCACACGGCUCAAUACAUUCUGAACAAGGCAAAAGCAAAAAGUGCAUCAUCCUUGUUGGGCGUGAGAGACCAGUCUAUGCACUCGACAAGAAUGACCUCUCGUCUGAAGGCGCAACGGGUGAGAGUGAGCUGUGGUCGAAGAUCUCUACAUCUGGCUUGUUCCUACAUGUCUCGUCAACAUCGCGGGUAAUGCUUGAUCGUCUGCCGGAAGACCUCAUGGGGACGAGUAUGCAGGCUCUGAUGAGACCAGACUCGAAAAAGGAAUUUGCUCGGGUCCUAGAGAUGGCACGGUCUGGAGACAAUGUGACGUUUAGACACGAUCUUCAGAAUCGUCGCGGCCAAGUCCUCCAUGCGCAGACGACCAUUUACUCAGGUGAUGCAAGACGGGGUUAUAAGCCAACAUUCCUCCUCGCGCAGACAAGAUUACUGAAGAUGACGCGGGCCGCCUUGCUGAACCAAAAAUCGAGUACACAAUCGCCCAGAACUGAUCGAGCAUCUAUGGGUUCUGCGACACCUCUCACAACCACCUCGAGUAGGUCAGGCACCAGGCCAACCGAGUCGUCGUCUCUCUCUUCUAUCGCCGACGGAGCAGUGACCAAAGCAGGCAGUCACGGACUUCCACUUGGCAAUCAAGAUGAAUCCUUGGCUUCUGAGGAUAACAUUUUCGAUGAGCUAAAGACCACCCGAAGUUCCAGUUGGCAGUUUGAGCUACGACAAAUGGAACGGAAGAAUCGUGUUCUUGCCGAAGAGUUGCAGGCUCUGUUGAGCCGUAAGAAGAAGCGCAAGAGGAGAAAGGGUCUUGGACAGUUGGAAAAGGAUUGCGCCAACUGUCACACAAGAGUGACACCAGAAUGGAGAAGAGGUCCCAGUGGCCAGCGUGAUUUGUGUAAUAGCUGUGGUCUUCGAUGGGCCAAACAGCAAGGACGAGUCUCCCCACGAAAGAACAGUGACAAAGGCUCUACCUCGCCUGCUCAAGGAUCAACACUUAAAGCCAGCAUUUCCGUUGGCCAGGUGAAUGGUAAGACAGGAGAUUCAUCAUCCACUGCAACAGGCAUGCAAGCCCCUGGAGUUGUCAAUGGAACGAUUGUGAAUGGACAAGCAGCGAAAGCCACGAAAGAGGAAGACAACACAGUGUGGCGAGGGGCGAUGCCUCCAAAGAUCGAGGAGGCGGAGGAGCCACCCGGGCCUAACGUGCUUCCGACUUGACACAUCAAGAUGAAUUCACCCUCUAACUAAGAGUCGGUGGGCACCUAGCUGCUCGAUUCUACCAAUUCUGCCCACUCCAUCAAUGCUCCGCCAUUUUUUGAGAAGUAUCCUGGCUUCUCGCUCAUCCUUGGCAAUACUCAUCCAGACGAAAGUUGAAGCCGACCACGAUUUCGACCUGCAGGACUUUCCGUUCGACAGAUCAAGUUGAUUCUAAAUUCAGCACUGCCCUGGGAGCGUGCGGUCUACUCGCUCGGAACAAGCAACACACAUUCCGGUGACAAAUCACCGGUUAUGAUGACAACCAGAUUUGCCGAUUUCCGGCAUCGAUCCGGGGUCUGAUCCAGGGUCUCGAGGAUUUCUUGUGGUCUUUAGCCCUGAAUCUUGUUCGAUUCAGGAUGCAGAAUGCAUGAUCAUUAUACCCAUCACGACAUGUUACAAAUCAUUCAUGAUGACGGCCAGAGUACGACUUUAUACAUGAACAAUCGGGAGGUUGAUGAUUUAACCCUCCCAUCAUGUCUGUCGAAUCUGUCACUUUUUCCCCACGUCCUAUCUUCUCUCUUAGCGAACACGACAAUUAUAAUGUGAAAUGGUACGAGAUAUUCUGAUUGACUAUUUUGUUGGUCUCGUUGAGUCUCCUGAACAGACUUCAAAACACGAUGACGGUUGCGUCUUUCUUGGGUGGUCCUUUUUUGGUGUACUCUGGGCAUUUAUGAAACGAAAGACAUUUUUUUCAAGAGUCAGCCGGGCCGGAUGCAUGAUGACCAUGUUUCGGAUGUUUUAGUGUACGUCGGUACCUGGCUCGAGAUCUACAUAGUGUCUCUUUUUGUUAUUUGUGGGCUGUGGGCAGUGGGCACCAUGGUAUAUGAUCACGAUGACGAAACAAGAUGUCGAUGUCGGUCUCCUGGCCUCUUUCGGAUGGGCUGGGUUUCUUGAUUUUUCCACCAAGAUAGAAGAAGUGGUGAAUUGCCUUUUUGCUCUUCGACGUCAAAGAAGGCAAGGCGGGCUCCCAUAUCAGGUAUAUACAUACAGUGUUUGGCGUUUUUGAUGAAAUUUUUUUUGAAGUGAAAC